GCUGAUAUGCUUGUGCCGGGCUCUGAUUCUGCAGCAGUUUUUCAUUUUAGUGUGUGCAGACAUAUCGUAUAGCAAUAUCCAAGCCACUUUUGCUAGGUUAUUUCGCUUUUAAAUCAUUGUGAUCAUUUUAGACCCUAAAACUACCCACCAAUACUCACAACGCAUCCUCCAACUGGGUGGCCCAGGCUCGAUUUUUAUGUCUGGUUUGUUCGUCAUUAAAUAAAAUCGCAAACUUUUACUUUACUGACUGUAAUUUUAGGUUGACCACGACUGCACUCCGCGUUCAAAGGGACAUUUCGAAUCAGAACGGGAUUGUAAAAAUGGAUUGAAAACUAAUGACGUGGACCUCAAAAUUGUGCACUAAACGCCUUGUUCCAGUUUUCUCAGAGGAAAAAGUGCUACUCGUACAUUAAAGGACAGGGAGAUAAUGCGGGUUUGCUGGCUUGUGAGGAAAGAUGGAUGCCACGCACCUAUCAGAUUGCCACAUCUGCAAACGGUGAUCCUAGGUCGGGGCCCAGAAACGACGAUAGUAGACAAGAAAUGCUCGAGAGAACAAGUUCAUCUCAGGGCAGAUUACAACAAAGGAUACAUCACUGUGAAGCAGCUUGGUGUAAAUCCCACUAGCGUGGACUUGGUGGAGGUGGGCAGAGGAAAUGAGGUCAGUUUUCGGCCUGGGCAGCUACUGCACGUUGUCAAUCAGCUGUACGCCUACACAGUGCAGUUCAGUAAGGAGACCUCAGACAGCACACCCUCUCCUGGCCCGGAGGAGACGUCAGGCUCGAAGAGGCCACACCAGCCUAGAGUAGAAAACAGAACCUCAGAUGGCAGAGCCCCCAGCAGGAAGAUUCCCAGGACAGGCGAGCCAGAGGAGAACUCUGAUCCCAGCAGCUAUGAGAGGCUGCAUGUCUCGCCUGCUCCUAAAAACCCAGCUGACGCCCCAGAAAAGAAGCAGAUUCAGGGACAUUGGAGUCAAGGACUAAAAGCUUCCAUGCAAGACCCAAAAAUGCAGGUGUACAAAGAUGAGAAAGUGGUUGUCAUAAAGGAUAAAUACCCUAAGGCCAGGUAUCACUGGCUGGUGCUGCCCUGGGAGUCCAUUUCUAGCCUGAAAGCCCUGAGGAGGGAGCACGCAGGUCUGCUGAGGCAUAUGCACAGCGUGGCAGAGAAGAUGGUGCGGGACUGUCCCGACUCUGGCAGCCUGCAGUUUCGUCUGGGGUACCAUGCUAUUCCCAGUAUGAGCCACGUUCACCUUCAUGUAAUUAGCCAAGACUUUGACUCCCCUUGCUUGAAAAACAAAAAACACUGGAAUUCCUUUACAACUGACUAUUUUCUUGAAUCCCAAGCCGUCAUGGAAAUGCUGGAGCAGAAUGGGACAGUAACAGUACAGGAUGGGAUCAGUGAGUUACUGAAACUGCCACUCCGGUGUCACGUCUGCCAGAAAGACAUGCCUACAAUCCCUCAGAUGAAACUACACUUGAAAUCUCACCUGCCCCGCUGAGCAGGGAAGGGAUGGAGAAAGUACUGACAUAGAUGCGGGCAGUCACAGCAGCUGUGAGCCGGUGACUGCGGUGGAGACAAAGGAGACAGGGACUGUCCUUCUUCUAGGGUGUAAGCUGAGGCCUUAAUCCCAUGACUUGGAAGAGAUCUUAGCACGUCUUACAGAUGAUGUUGGAAACUGUAUGUUCUUCUGUCAAAUGGAAAUUUACAAUAGUUCUGUAUUACACAAACACAAAAGGCACUGGUUAUGUGCGUGUUAACUGACUUUCAGGAAAGGAGGACUGCUUUUGAUCACUUAAAGUUUCUGUUUGUGGUAGGUUCCCAUUGUCUUCAGUUUUUUUUGUUUUUCUACCACUAGAUGUUAAGAGGGAGCAGUCAAUUUAUUCUGCUUUGGAAAACAAAUAUUGGUUAUAAAACAUUUGCAGAGUCCAAAAUUG